GGUCUCAUUUAGAUUAGUAACAAAGUCUUACUGUUGUGCAGUUAUCUCUAUAGUCUAUAUAGGUUUUGUUGUUGUAUCGGAUAUACUUUGUGCAUUUAUUAAUUAACAUCAUGGCUAAAAUUCUAUUUUUGAUGUCCAUAAUGCUUCUAAGUUGUUACUUAACGGAACAAGCAAAAUUAUCACGUGAUAAUAUGAUCCAAACAAACAUAGAAACUAAUACAUUGAAGGCUCUAGACAAUAUUGAUCUGAACUCAGCAAAAGAAGAACAUUUGAUGUUGUUGGGAAAAAGAGGAGUUGCAGCCACUUUUAAAUCAAAAUUGCUGUACAAAACCCGUGAUCCCAGGUACGUAGCAUACGGCAAAAUUUCCAAGGAAUUUGACGCAAGAAAACACUGGUCCCAAUGCAAAACGAUUGGUGAAGUCUACAAUGAUGGAAACUCCGACCUUUCUUGGGCUUAUGCCACCACCGGUGCAUUCGCAGACAGAAUGUGCGUAGCAACUAACGGAAGUUACAAUCAACUCCUAUCCACCGAACAGUUAAUUUCCUGCAGUGGUAUAAAAUCUAAUGCCAUGGCUGAUGACCAGGCUUGGAAAUUUUUCAAAAAACAGGGCUUGGUCUCUGGUGGCAAAUACAAUACGAACGAUGGAUGUCAACCUUCCAAAAUUCCACCAAUUUUUAACCUACCAAAAAAAAUUUACAACCGUACAUGCGACAACUUCUGUUACGGUAACAGCUUAAUUGAUUACAACCAUGAUCACGUAAAAGUAAGCUACACCUAUCACGUAUUAUACAAAAAUAUUCAAAGGGAAGUGCAAACAUACGGUCCAGUAUCGGCAUAUUUCUCUUUAUACGAUGACCUUUUUCUUUACACAAGUGGUGUUUACGCAAGAACUGAAAAAUCUAAAUUUGUACGAUAUCAAUCUGCCAAGUUAAUUGGAUGGGGAGUCGAAAAUGGUGUAGACUAUUGGUUGUUAGUCAACUCUUGGGGCAAUGAAUGGGGACAGAAUGGACUUUUCAAAAUCAAAAGAGGCACAGAUGAAUGCCAAUUCGGUCGUCAUACUUAUGCAGGUGUACCCAAAAUGUAAUAAUAUUUUCUUAUAAAAUAAUAAAAUUUGUCAUAUUAAACCAACUUGUUUCAAUAUUCAAAUGCUUACAAACAAAUUAUUUAACUGUAUUUAUUAAUAUAAUUUUGUUUUCUUCGUUUAUACUAUUAUUUUUACAAUAAUAAAACUUUUAUUACAUUUUA